ACACAUCCCGGACUUAAACAUUACAAUAUAGAACCAACAAAUUGGAAGACAUUUCAAGUUAUAUUUAUAUUCCACUACCAUUACUUCUGAAAGCCACAAUCCGUAGCUCACAUUUUUGAAUAUCACUUCAGAAUCACCUUUAACUCUAAUUGGCGCUGUCUUGGACCAGCCUAAAAGUACCGGCGGAAAUAAGUCGGAUGCUAAGGACUGCCUCUCUGGAAACAGUACAUAUGCCCAGCUUGCUGCAAGUCACAAUUGGUUGACUGUUACACUCGAGAAGCAAUCCAAGAUUACCAAGAUAGAGCUGUAUGCCCCAGAUGAUGAGAGCGAAUUAACGACGAUUAAAGAUGCGGUUAUAUAUGUGGGACAGUCCUACUGUGGGGUUGCAGAUGGAAAACUAAAGAACCAGUCCAUGACACGCUAUGUGAUCAACUGUCGAACGAACGAUGGUUUACUGGGACAUGCAGUGAAAAUACAAUCAUCCAGCAAGAACAUGAAAGUGGCCAGAGUUUUGGUCUUUGGAAUUGAAGAGGAGGUCGCCCCAACAAUCCCAAAUAUGGAAGAAAGAGAGUUUAUCCCAACCCAAGCACCUGUCCAAACCAAGACACCGUUUAGGGUCCCGGAUAUGGAACCUGAAAUAGAGGAGCGAGCAGACGGAGUUAAAAUUGCAGUGAUCACAAUCGAAGAGCCUAUCCCCAUUAAAGUUCUACAAGAUAUUGGGAAUCUCCCAAAUGCAACUAAAACUCCUCUUGGCUUCCUUGCCUUUGCUGGUUAUGUGGAUAAUACCAUGGAUGAGAAAGCCGAGGAGGCACCUUCAAGAGAUAGAGAGAGAACAAAGAAAAGAGCAAAGUUUGAUCAGAAUGAUUUAGAAAAAGCAACUCAAUCAUUUCUACGCUUCAAUGGCCAUGUUGAGGAUGGUGAAAUUACGGAAGAGAUGGUAGGGUUCAUGCAAAAGGACAGGUGUGGGAAUGCUGACCUGGUAUUUGAUGAGAACGGAGAAAAGUGUACAAAUCAAACAAGCACUCUUAUCAUACCAGCCGAACAAAAGACAUUAGUUGCGUUUAUGAUGCCAGGGGCAAAGGAGAGUGCUUCGUUAGUGGCUGAAUCUGAAUCUUACUAUCUGGAAGUAGACAUUAAGUUCAAUGACGUUAGAAACGGAAGAAGCCGGUCAGUUUUCCUCGGUUUUAACUAUGAUACCAAAACUGCAAACGGAGACGAUACCCCUCUAGAGAUAGUUGCGUUGAGACUCAUGAGUGGGAAACUAUGUGCUCAGUUCCUUACUUUAUUUUAUGGUCAAUUCUUAUCAAACUUGGUGUCCAAAGAAUCUUUGUUAGAUUCAUGUUAUAUUCUGACAGAAAAUGACCUUAAAACCCUUGCUUUCAAGGCCAGACUUGAUGUUUAUAAGCAACUAGGAGGGAUCCUGGGCAAGGCUGCUGUGAUAACACAUGAAGGAGACCACGAUAUAAUGCUGUCUCGUCUUUGCAAGAGAUGGACAUUAUCUAGUGGCGCUACAAAACGUAUCAAACCAACUCGCAGAAAAAGAUUUUCACUCUCAAGUCACAAGUGGGGAAUUGUUGAAAGCACUAUGUCUAUAAGAUUCAACUUCCAGAACUUCAGUUCCAUUCUCAAGCAAGAUGGGACACGGCAAGAGGUUCUCAAAGCAUUGAAUCUUUUCUCCAACACCGGUUUUAAUUUCCAAGAAGUAGCACCCACAGCAAGUGCUGAGAUAGUGUUCAUGUUUAUCAAAGGACUUCAUGCUGACAGUAGAACCUACCACGGUGCAGGUGUAGAGAAGGCCCAUGCCUAUGCUCCAACCAACAGUGAAAUACAUUUUAACGAUUUCCAGAAGUUCGGUAUUAGUGAGCAUGAUCACGGAGGUAGAGCUGUUAGCAUGUUUUAUGUUGCUGCCCAUGAAAUAGGGCAUGCUCUAGGAAUUCUCCACUCCCAACAACAAGACGCACUCAUGCAGCCAGGGUACCCUAAAAAUGCGUUCCAGAUCCAGAAUAUGCACAACGAUGAUACCAUGGCAGUUCAUACUUUGUACCCAGGUUAG